CAAUUUGUGCUUUAUAUAUAUUUUUGAAUAUCAACUCCAAGCUUCAUACUUUAAACCGGUAGAGCCAUGUUAAGAAGGCCCGGGAAUCAAACAAUGCGAGUUACAGGCGAUGGAAGUUUAUCACCUGGACGGACUCUUCAUCCUAAAUCUGGCACGUCUCCUGGAUUAUUUGCUGCACUUGUACUACUAGGAACCUUCUUUUACAUUGGCUACUUUUGUAGUAGCUCAGGUAUCUUUAAAGACAAUAAAGAAGUUAGCAAGACUGAAGGUGACUUUGGUUGCACAUUUGAUGUACGAAGAGUAUUACCCGUUUUAAAGAGAACAUAUGGUGACAACAUGCGUAAAGUAUUGCACGUUGGACCUGACACUUGCUCGGUAGUUUCACAACUGAUGAAAGAGCCUGAAAUCGAAGCGUGGGGAGUGGAACCAUAUGACAUAGAAGAAGCAAAUACGCGUUGCAAAAAUCUUGUCCGUAGGGGCCUUGUACGCGUAGCAGAUAUCAAGUUUCCUUUACCAUAUAGAGCCAAGUCAUUUUCACUUGUAAUAGUUUCAGAUGCAGCUGAUUACCUAUCUCCCAAGUAUCUCAAUAAUACCAUUCAAGAUUUGGCAAGAACAACGGUUCAAAAUCUUGUUAUAUUCACCGGUAAUCCUAUUCAUUCGAACGCUAGAGUUGCGCGACAACCAAAAUUUGGACAUCCUGUAAAGGGUGAAAUGAGAAGCAAAACCUGGUGGGAAAGGUUCUUUGUUCAGACUAGUCUUGAAGAAAAUGAUGAUGCAACAAUGAAAUUCAAGCAGGCUGCUUUUGAGAUUUCAUACAAACCAAGAUGUCAAGUUUUCCACCUCAACUCGUAUCAUUGAUGAUGUUAAUGUAACUUAAUAGUUUUAGGAAACCCUUUUGUAAGAAUGUGAUUUAGGGGGCAUGCACGGUGAAAGAAUAUGUUGAAUCUUAAAACAUGCAGCCUGGGAGCAUGUUGGAAUCUCCUUAUCAAUGUGAGAUACAAAAAUAUUUAUUAACACA